AAAAUAGACACAAGAUGGCUGACAUGGACGUCGACCCUCCCGCUUCGAGCACUGCUGGUACUGUCGUGAAGAAGGCAGAGACAAAGGACGGCAAGCAACGCUUCGAGGUCAAGAAGUGGAAUGCUGUAGCUCUCUGGGCCUGGGACAUCGUCGUGGACAACUGCGCCAUCUGCCGUAACCACAUCAUGGAUCUCUGCAUCGACUGCCAGGCGAACCAGGUCUCCGCCACCAGCGAGGAAUGCAACGCCGCUUGGGGUAUUUGUAACCACGCGUUCCACUUCCACUGCAUCUCCCGGUGGCUCAAGACGAGGAACGUCUGUCCUCUCGACAACAGAGAGUGGGAGCUCCAGAAGUACGGUCGGUAAAAGCCCACUGCUUCUGUUCGUCCUCGAAGCAUUCAUAUGAAGUCGUUUCUGUUUCUUCAUGUUCACCCGUGUACUUCUACGUCCCUCUCCCUCUUCUCUGUACUGCAAUACAUAUAAACCGUUUUCUUGUCUUUCCUCUGCCUAUCAUUGCGUCUCACAAGG